UAUUUUUUAAGUUGCUUUAAAACUAUUGAAAUGAACAGAGCUAUUUGGCGAUUAUUGCUUUUAAUAUGUUUGGUUGGCGUUCAGCUGAGCAGUUCGCAGGAUCAUCUCAAAUUAAAGAAACUUACAUCGGAUCUGAUAAGCGCCAUUGCUGAAGCAAAUUCUGGAAAAAAGUAUGGAUCCCAAUGGGUGCCAUCUCUGGGAAAAGCUCUCGAAGAGGUCUACACCACAUCGUCACGACGAUGCUUCUUAUUUAGGUCACUAACUAAGAAAGUGGAAACAUUGUGUCCCAAGCCGCCCACGUAUCUACCCUCAUGUUACCCAUGCGCAAAACCAAAACCGAAACCAAAACCAAAACCACCACCUCCAUCACGCGCUAAAGGUCCAGAAUUUCAUCCUCCGCCCCACCCAUCCUACGAGCUUGUAUACCCCGAUGGCACCUACUUUCCCUGGUGCUACAUGCCGUUCUGCCCCACGAUUUGCCAGCCACCCUACUGUUAUCCUUGCAUACUACCCAAUUGCGAUCCCAAAUGCGUCCCGCCAUGGUGCUAUCCACCAUGCAAGCCGCCUGCCUGCCAGUUGCCGCCGACUUGUUGGCAACCCUUUUGUCCAGAUCCCUGCGUGUUUCCCAGAUGCAUUCCCGGAAACUCCGAAAAGAGUGUCACUCCGAGCUGUGUGGCACCCUACUGCCCACCGCCCAUUGAUUGUUCUCCUCCGUAUUGCCCAAAAAUGAUUAAGCCUGUGACUAACAAAAACGUAAACAUAAUAUCUCUAAGAACAGGCAUGUGCCCCAUGAGAGACAUCUUGCGAAGAGUUGAAAGUAUGGGAUGACCGCCAACUAUCUAGAAAUAAAGAGCACAUUUCAAGUUAA